AUGUCAUACGAGAACUUCAGUGCCAUCAAGGCGAAGGUUCAGGGGGCCUUUGAUGACGUUGAGGCUUGGAUUUUUCAGGCCUUCGAGGGGCGAGUACAGGAUCUGGACAUCGACGAGGACCUGGAAUUAGAACUUGCGCAGCGACGACGUGGAAUGCGCUUCUUUGCUGCAGGACGUGCGAGGGACGGAAAGCGCUUUGCAUCCAUUCUCUUUCCGUUGUUCCAGGGAGAUCCCAACAAGGAUCUCUACGAGGAGGCCUUCUGCGAUGUACUGCGUGUCGCCGGAAAUUCGGUGAAGCCGGGGUCCAGGCAUAAGCUGUCCUUUCGUGCGGGUGUGUUAUUCUUCACUGCAGACAGCCUGGGCAACACGUAUGGUGUUGUUGCUUCUGAUGAUUUCCCGCUUGCGAACGCCUACAACUUUUUGGAAGAGAUACUGCAGGUCUACCACAGCAUUGAUGUCGAGAUUGCAUUGAACGAGGCAGAGGAGUCUCUGUGGUCCGAGCCGCGCUUUCGGGAAGAUGCGUUCGGCAUUCGUGAGCUGGCGAUUGCCAGUUGGAAGAAGCAGUUGCGACCAGGAGACGGCUCGGCUCAGGUCCAGCUUUCCGUCUUGCCCUUGCAGGAGGCUCUCUGUACAAGUGUGCAGGGAUCCUUUGUUCACUGUGCAAUCAUGUUCGGUGGAAAGAAGCUGAAAGAUCUUACUGAAGAGGACAUCAGAAAAUAUGCUGCAUCUUUGGUGGCAAUGCAUGGAGGACAGGAAGAAGCUGCCACCGACGGGGAAAUCAGGCUUGCAGUGAACGAUACGGGCAACCGUAAUGGCUACGUGGAGUCUGGAAUGGAAGAUGAAAGUUCUGCCCAUCGAAAGAGAUUGGCGCAGGUGAUUGCGUCAAAUGCGGCUGGUGAUCCUGAUCGCAUUGACGAGGGCGACCCCGAAGCGCUCCAGCAAAGGACGGUCGAAGGCAUGCUCGCCAUGCCAAUGCAGCCAGCUGUCAGCUUACAGGCGUUUCAGUGCUUCCGAAUUCCUCAGCUUUCGGCGAGAGUGGCACGUGCAGCUGGCAGCGAGCACCACUUCUCCGCACGACAUUCGACGAGAUGGUAUUCUGUUGCUGGAGUUUUUGCAGCGGCAGCGGCGCGGGGUAGAUGUGCCCAUGUGAGAACAGUGACCUCCGUCGGUCCCAAGCCGGUCUGGGACUCCACAGGAGGCCCUGCUAUUCACGGUGUGGGAGGAAGGCCGCGACUAGAGAAGGGGAAGCUACAUCGGGUCAUUUGGAUGUGCUGGACUGGGAACAACCCGAUGCCAGCUCACCUGCGACUUUGUAUGGAGACGGUGCGGCGUAAUGCUGGCUUGCCCGUUGUACUUAUCACGCCGCAAAAUGUGACAGAGUACGUGCCGGACCCACAUCCUGCAUAUCCGUACCUUCAUCUGGCCCACAGAGCAGACUAUUUGCGUUGCUACUUGCUGCACAACUACGGGGGUUUGUACCUUGAUGUUGACACCAUUUGCCUGCGAAGUCUUGCGGGCCUCUACGAGCUGGUGGAGAGCAAUCAAUUCGAUGCUGUUGGUUAUGAUGGAUCUGAAUGGGGCGAGCUUAUCGGUGUUUCAGACAUGGGCCCUUUUCGGCCCAACUCGGAGCUUACGCAGCUUUGGUUCAAUGCUCUUCACGGUCGGCUGGAGGAAAAGCUUCCGGAGGUGAUGGGCCAGAAGACUGACGUUUUCUACUGGCAGGAGAUCCUGAGAGACGUUUUUGUGCCCGUCAGCCUUGUCCACAGCCAGCGCAUCAGUAAGGCUCUGCUCGCGCACAAUCCCGAGAAGGAGACGCUCUGGGCGGUCCGGCCUUUCCAAGAGGCCCUAGGAAAGGAGCUCGGUUCCCACAUUCUUAUCUUAAACAAUGCCAAGUACGGUGAUGAGCUUGGUCAGCUGUCCGAGGACGAGAUUCUUGGAGGACCUGCAGUGCUGAGUCAGCUUCUGCGUCACUCGCUGGGCUUGCCAGACGUGAUCUGA